AUGCCCGCAUCGCAAACUGGAAUUGGCAGCUUUUUCUUGGAGCGGAACCUCAGCAUGCCUACUGGAUACCAGGUCCCUCUGCUGGGAUGUCCGCCGAGUGUGCAGCAGCAGCAGCAGCAGCAGCAGCAGCAACAGCAACAGGCUCAGCAUCUGGCAGCAAUGGCAGCUGGAAUCCCAAUAACGUACUCUGGACUACAGGGAUACAACUUCCUCCACUAUCCACACCACAGGCACAUCACACACACGAACAACGGUUUCGACUUGAAGGUAUCUUCUCCCUACCAUCACGCGCUACUGGCUCGUGGGGGUUUCUACCCGCCGUACCGCCCCGGAGCAGCCGAAGACCCCAGCAGCAGGGUCGCCAAAGUGGCCACCCGAGAGAGCACCGGCGCGCUGAAGGCCUGGCUCAACGAGCACCUGAAGAACCCGUAUCCGACCAAGGGCGAGAAGAUCAUGCUCGCCAUCAUCACUAAAAUGAGCCUCACGCAGGUCUCCACCUGGUUCGCCAACGCCAGGCGACGCCUUAAGAAGGAGAACAGGGUCAGCUGGGCGUGCAAGGGGAAAUCAGACGAGGAGGAUGACGAGCAGGAGGGAGAGAGCGACGAUGCCGACAGCACCGUGCAGAACUGUCACCUCCUGGACGAGGACGAGCCUCCAGGUGACCCGGCACACACGGACGAGCACGAAGACAGCAGCGCUUUGGACAGCUCGGAUUGCGUGGACGCGCGGUUGGAGAUGCCCAAGCAGCCGAGCAGCGAGCAGGAAGAGAACAAACUUGCACUUGUUAAGAAAGUUGAGAAGAGUGACUCCGAUCACACGCUUUCUGCUUUGGAGAGUAAAGAGAACAUAGUCAGUCAGAAACCCAAAAUCUGGUCUUUGGCCGAGACCGCUACGUCAGAGACUGUUAAGAAACCUCUGGAGAAUAUUUACCACCCGGCAGGGAGACUGUGGGCCGAGUGGGCUUCAAGGAACGGCCUGUUCGUCCCGUCGUGUUACACCACUCAUGAGAUUGUAUAAGUGGGUAUUUUGGACACGCAGUAAGAGACACUUUUCCACAUCGAUGCACUUUAAAAACUUUCAAACCUCAGGGAUUUUGCUCGAAUAUUCCUGAAGUUUGCAGUGAAAUGAAAACCUUGUUUUGAGACCAAAGACUAAAACAUGUUGUUGUAAAUAAAUGUAGAUGUAUUUUUC